AUUGGCAACUGGCAAGCCAGCGGCGCAUCGAUCGCGCGUUUAAAGUUUAGGUUAUGUUCCGCUUGGAUGAUAGAUCCUGCUCCGUUUGCUCCUGAAAAAUGACAAAUACGCGGAUGUCCUAACUACUAAAGACCGCAGUGCAUCAAAUCGUAAUUCGGAAUUAACCGCACAAGUGCCAGAAUGACGACGAUGCAGCCGAAAAGGCCGAGAGAGGACGAUGUCCUCGAGUGCUUCCUCUACCCGAGGUUCUGCUACUCCCUCAAUCCGGAACAGGUCACCGACGAGAUGCUCGUAGAGGAGAUCGACAAGUACAAUCGUGAAGUGGAACCCUUUGUCAAGGACUACCUCUGGCACAGGGAUGGCCUGACCUUCCGACCCAGAACCAAGCAGGCCCUCCAGUUCGAUAGCCUUAUUGAGGGCUCGUCUAGAGCGACUGAUUUUGACCUACUGCCACACAUACACAUUCUACUGAGAUUUGACGAGGAUAUAGGAGAUGAGUGGUUUGUUGUCUUCCUGGUUAUGAAUCUCACCAAAAAGUACGAAGGUCUUAUUGCCAGAAUGGUUGACUCGGAUGGUGAAUUUCUUCUUAUUGAAGCAGCUGAAGAGCUGCCUGUCUGGGCCACCCCCGAGACAUGUCAGAACCGUGUUUUUAUUAUGAACGGUGCCGUGCACGUUGUUCAGGAUAAGCAAAAGAUCUGUAUCAACAUUCUGAAUAGUGUUUAUCAGCGUUCGCAUAUAUUUAAGAUGUCAGAUAAGGUUCAAACAGUCAUUCAGAAGAGAAUUAGUAUAUAUCCAGAAGAGACAGAGAGGAGAAAGCACAAAGCAAGAGCUUACUUGCCUGAAAAAGCUGCUUAUAUUCUCAGAAGAGAACCCAGGCUAAUUGCAUCAGCAGUGAGAACAGUGUGCCAUUCUGAUCCUUUGGAAAGAAAAGUCUGUCGUGCCAUGCGUUAUUUUCCUCCUGAGCAGCGAGUUAUAACUAAUGUAAAAAUGACCAAGUGCUUGUAUGCAAUGGCGAUGCACUGCAGAUACACGGGUGACCCGCGUACGGGCUGGAAUUUACCACCGGCCAGCAACCCGAAAUACAAUGCCUACCUUUUGGGUAUCAAGAUAGCUUGCGGCCUGGAGAUGCUGAUGUCGCAAGCGCACGAACAACGACGACGUCGUGUCAAAAGCAACGAAUCCGGAGACAAUAGCGGCGCCGUUAACGAGGUCGCCUGGACAGCUUUCCUCAAGCGCCUCGAGGCCAGUGGUUACUUCAAGGAACUGCUUCAAGGUAGUCAAGAGCGAGAAGAACUGCUGCGCAAUGCCAGGAGUUACUACGAGCAGCAUAUCAGCAUCAGCGAGGCUAAUAGAAGAAACGAGGGUAGCGAGGCUGACAGCUUGCUGGAGGUUUACAACGAUGUACAGAGUAAUGAUGUUGAAAUGGAAGCAAAAGAGGUAUGCACACUGAGUCCAGAAGACAGUGACGGCUGGCUAAACGUCGAUCCAGCUCAGCUCGAAGUAAUGCUCGGACAGCAGUUUGGAAUUGCUGGAAAAGGGGGUGAACAGCCAAUGGGUCUUCAAGAAAAAGUCAAUGCUUUUAUUAAUCAGAAGAGCGGAAUAGAAGGGGUUCAGUUUUUUGGUGACAAAGAAACUGAACCAAGGAAUGACAUUGAGGACAAUGGUCGAGUAGACUUCGAUCCUGACGUCUUUGACACCGCUCUUCGAGAUAUCCUCGAUCUCGUGGUACCCGGCGGGGACGGUGAGUUCGACGGCAGCUCGGAGGGUUCUCUGGGCGGCGACGAGGAGGAUCAAGGUGGAGAACUUGAUAAGUACAUGCGGCUGCUUGACUCACAGCUUCAGCAGCAGAUGAUCAGCGGUAGCAAUGAUGAUUCUGAGAAGGGUGAGGAGGUUGAAGCGAAUCUUCUUGGCAGUAUCCAAGAGGAGGCUGGAGGCUCCGGACCUCUUGGAAAUAUCCUUGGAGGACCUGUAGAAAGGCUCAAGCAUAUCAAAUCGAGCGAGACAGCGUCGAAAGAAACGAAGAAAUAAGCCAGGAAGAUAGUAUCUUUUUGUGAUUUUUUUAGAAGGCUCAGAAGCGUAUGGAUUUCCCUAACUGGCGUGUGGAAAAUUCCACACACUUUGAUUAGCUUUCUAAAAGAAAAUAAAGCAAUUAAAUCUGUGGAUAUUAAUACCAAAAUACAAUCUUGUGGUAGGAAUCGCGUAUCUAAUUCUAGUUUGAAGGUUUAAUUGAAAAAAAAGAACAUAAUUCGAAGUCUCGAAAAGUGUUUUACAUAUUGAUUAUGAUGAUUAAAGAAUCAUAAAGAAAAUAUGAUUUAAACUUUCUUGCGCAACGAAUGCCUUAACGAUUUUUUAAAUCAAUUUAACUUUCAAACUGAGAAGGUUACUUUAAUCAUUUUGUGCAAGGUUUAAGUUUUGCUAAAUUGUUAUUCUAUGAGAAAUAAAUGUUUUAUUAUGCAUAAGUAUGACAAGCCUUUACAAUAACAAGUUUAUACGAAUGCAGUGAUUUAUAUGAAAUGCUUAUUUUUCAUCCGUCGAUUAAUUUGCAAAACGUCUUAUAAAAAAAUGAUUAAAGUUACCAUUGAUAUCAAUGGGUACUUUGAAUGGCCCACGUCUAUAAAUAAUUAAUUAUACAGUAAAAAUAUAAGCUAUCUAUUAAGUUUUGUAUUAUAAACUAUAUUUCGAAACAAAACUUGAAGCAAUUUAAAAUUGCUUUAAUCCGCUUUUGUAUUACAUAUCUAUAAGAAAAAACAUUCGUCAUAUGUUGUUAGAAAAAAUGUUCAUAAACAAAAAGUGGUUAUAAAAAUUUUAAUAUUGACGACAGAUUAAAAAUGAAAUCACUAAAAUCUUAGCUCUUAUUUUUGUGAAUAAUAAAUUAAAAAAUGUUGAUUUUCCAACAUUUGUGUUUACAAAAGUAAAAUACACAAAACGUAAACAUCCCCGUUUCAAAUUAUUUGUAUUCCAAUACUUUCAUUUAUUCUAUGUGAUAAAGCCUUAUAAAAUGGUUCUAGUUUAAUGAACCACACUCGCAUUUAUAAUUUUCCAGACUAUAGUUAGUUAUUGUCUUAAUAUACAUAUGUAAUCAAUGGUCUACCUCGAAAAUAAUCAAUCACAAAACCGUUCAACAUCCGGCAUGAGAACAACAUAUUUAGAACUCAAAUAAUAUAUGGUUUAUGCAAGGACCAUCUGAUUGUUUUGCUUACUUGAAUGUGAAAACAUAUCAACCUUUUAAUAGAAGAGACUUUAUAAGACUAUUUUGCUGUUAUAGUUGCCAUAAUAGAUUAAAGCAAUUAUGGAAUUUUCGUUAUAGGAAUAUUGUACUGCCUGUACAAAUUAGAUUAGCUUUGAGAACAUAGGAGCAUAGUUGCAGAAUAUUCUAUUUUACAUUAUAAUAUGGGUUUUUCCAAGGAUAAAAUUUUCAAAUAUAGAAAUAAAAUUUUAACGACAAUGAAAACGAGACAAUGGUUAUUACAUUAAAUAUUCAAUGCUUCCAGGCUAAGAAAACACUCAAACUUGUUAUUUUUUAACAAAAAUGAAAGAGAACGAAAUAUCUUCAACGCUCGCUCGAAAAUUAAAAAAGAAAAAGGACAUCUCAUUACAAUACAUACACCAGAAUAGUUUAGAAGCUUUUUCGCGAAUUUUAAACCUCAAACAUAUUCACAUAAUCGUGUUUAUCGCAUUUUUCAUCUCUUGGCUAAUCUGUGAUAGACUUGACAUUAAUCUGCUGCUCGAUUUAAAUCGAAUCUUACUUAUGCGUACGUAAUAUCGUGACAAAAAUUUGCAUAAUCACGUAUAAUUAUGAAAACUCGCGUGCGAUAUGAAUAUAAUAGAAAACUUUGAAACAAGGGCGUGCAAAAAUUCAUAAUUACUAGAGAUUAACCAAAUUUUUCUCCCGGAACAAUAUACAACUUACUCGUUUUUAUUAAAAAAAAAAAUCGCUUCAACGUUCAAUUUUUGUAAACACUAAGCGCAAUUCAGAGAAAAUAAAAUUACGAAUAUACAACAUUUUCUUUUUUCAAGUCUGAACCGUUACGUAAUAAAGCGCUAAGAUGCAAAAUAGAGUAAAAUUCUUUGACAGAUAUAACGCAUGCCCUGCGAUCAAAUAGUUAUUUCGUGCACCUGCGGUAGUUGGAAAAAAAUAAUUAAGGAAGGCUUUUUUUUACAAAAUAUGCAAGCUUUCAAGCUUGAACCUGUUUGGUGCUUAAUCUUACUUUAUGCGUUGUCUAUACUUCUGUAUUUACAAUAUAUUUACAUUUAAACUUAAUAUUUAAAUUAUUAAGUUUAAAUAGUGCUUAAUUUCAUCACAGCCAGUUUUAUGAUAUUUUAGUUGUAAGUACAUAUGUAUGUAUUUGAUUUGCGGAUAUAGAACGCUUUGUUUUGUUAAAAUACAAAACAAUACGCUGAAUUUCCAACUAGUAUGUAUUUUUUUUACACUUUCGGCGAGAAUAAUGUUUUCAUUGAAUGAAACUUGUAUUACAUUAUUGAUAAAUAAAAAUUAUAUCCAAAAAUGUUGAAA